CGGUUGUUAUAUAUACAUAUAUAUUCUGACCUUGCGUACAAUGAAUUUUGCAACACCUGAAACUAAAAAUAAUCAUGUCUGAAACUCGAACGAUUUCAAAAGCUUAUAUUCAAGAAUCAAGGGCACAUGAUUACUUAUAUGAUCCAUUAUUUGCCUUAUCAAGUGAACGAGAUCAUGUUCGUGCAACUUUUAAAGCCAAUACUGGUAUUAGUCGUAUGCGUCGCCUACCAGAGUUUAAGGCAAUGUUUUCAUCCCUGCAACAUUAUCCUAAUUCUCAAGUUCAAAUUGAUUCAACAGAUCCUGUUCCAAGUUUUGUAUCAAGACACUGGAGAGGUUAUAGAGAAGAGGCACGAGAAAACCUUAUCAGAUAUAAAAAAUUUAACUAUGAUCCUGAUGUUGUGAUUCCCAUUAGACAGAUUCCUAAAGAAGAUGUUCUUGGACGAGAUAGAUAUAAAUACUUCAAAAGACCAAUAUUGCCAUUUUUGCAUCAGCAACUUCCAGAUGCUUAUAAGCAAUGUAAAAGUGAUAUGGUCAACGAAAUGAAAACUAUGGUUGCAAAUUCUUCUACUAAUCAGUUGACUCGUAGUGUUGCUAUUCAAACAGAUUAUCGUGAAAGUGAUACACAAACUGAUCCAUAUUCACCAGAGUAUGUUAUUAGACCAGGAUCUCAUCCUGAACUUUUGACUCUUGCAACUUUAUGUUAUGAGCAUGGAUUACCUGCUGGACUUGCAGAAGUAGAAAUAAUAGAAAGAGCAAGAGCUAAGCGAGCAUGGGAAUCUACUCUACCUCCACUUUCAAAUACAGAAAUGUAUGAAGAGCGAAGAAAAAUGAUGGCUGAUCAUGAGGCAAAGGAGUGGGCAUUUCGUGAAAGUCAAAUUGAAAAACUUCAACAAGCAAAGCUCCAGGUUUUUCAGCGUUUACUGAAAGACAAAGAAAACAAAAAUAAUGAUUUAAAAAGCAAAUAUCUUGGCAGGCUACGAAUGAAAAAACUGCAAGAGAAAGAAGCAAAAGUUAAGAAAAUUAGAGCUGAACACAUAAAAAUGCUUCGUAAAUUGAAUCAUAAGCAUGAAAAUGUAGAGGGAAAAUUAGAACGAAGAGAUAUUUUGAAAGACUAUUCAGACCCAGGCUCUGAAGUUUAUGCACCAUUAUCACGAAAUGGUGUUUUUUUAGAUAAAGGUUCAGAGCAUUUUAAAGUCAAUAGUUCUUAUUUGUCAACUUACCAAGGAUUAUUAGAGUUAGAAGAAUCAUUACCUGAUUGUUUAAUGAAUCCAAAGAUUGAGGUUCCCAAAUUAAGUAGUGCUAGAGGUAGUACCAUGAACAGGAAUUAUAGAAGACAAGUUGAAUUGGAUGUAAUUGCAAAAGAAUCUAAAACCGUUAAAGAAGAAAAAGAAGCAAAGCCUCUACGUUUUGUUGUUAAAAUUGAAAAGCCUAUACCAAGACCUCCAACACCAACUGUUAUUACUCCAAACUUGGAAGAGGAAGAUAAAGAAUUAGCAAUUAUAUUUUUACAGAAGAUUAUUCGAGGACGAGCAAUUCAAAACAUGAUGUUUGCUGAAAAAGAGCGACGAAAAGAGUUGAUAAAUGAACUUCGUAGUACACAUGCAUUACAAAAAGAACAAAUGAAACAAAGAAAUCAUGAAAAGAGUAUGAUGUUAUCCAAGCAACACCAUCAAAAAUUGAAUGAAGAACAGGAGUUGAUAGUAAAUGAAUAUCUUGAUCGAAUUGAAGGAGAAUGUCUUGGAGAGUUAUUAAAUUUUUUAAGCAAAGAACUCAUCAGAUUCCAAGAAGAGCGACGCAUACAUGCAUUUGCGAUGAUAGCAGAACGCCAAAGACGACUAAGAGAGGCAGAAGAAAGUGGUAAAAGACAAUUGGAAGAAAGAAGGAGACGAGAAGAAGAUGAAAUUUUCAGACAGGUUAUUGGCGUUCAUCAAGAAACAGUUGAUAGCUAUUUAUCGAACAUUAUUACCAAUGCUAUUUCUGCUACUGCAGAGGAACAAUCAAAACAAGAAGUGGAAGCUAUGGCUGUCAAGAUCAAUCAAGUAGCAUAUGAAAUGGAAGCUUCGCGUUCGAAACUGCAAAGUGAAGAAAUAGUUGCUGAACUAGUGACAUCAUUUUUACUACCGGAAGUUGAGAGAAUUCACAUGCGCGAAAGUAUUAAGAACAAGCAAAGAAGUGGUCUGCUAGCCGCGCAUCGAGUUAUAUUUAACGAGUCAUCCGUGUUUGACAACAACGAGUAUAACAACAAUUGAGUUCAUACGGACAACGUGCUUUUUUAAUGUUUUCUAUUCAUUUGUGUAAAAUCUUUACUAAAGUAAUAUAUUAUUUAUAGUUUAUUA